ACCCCCGUGCCUCGCCGGAGCUCCGCCGCCGCAGCCGCCGCGCCUCUGUUGUCCCGGCCGGUCAAUGCCCUCGAUUCCAUCGCCCCGCGCCGCGUAUUCCUGAUUCUCCUCCUCCCCCGGGCCCCGGGCUCUUCUGACGAGGAGGCCGACGACGAGGAGGAGGAGGUGGCGAAGGUGGUUGCCGGCGGCGGGGAGAUGGGGCACGCGCCGGGGGUAGCUCGCGUGCGGCGGGCGCUGCUCGCCCCGUGCGUGACGUGCCCUCUCUGCGACGGCUACUUCCGGGAGGCCAGCGCCUUCACCGAGUGCGGCCAUACCUUUUGCCGGGAAUGUAUUAUGAAGAAAAUAGAUGAGGAGGAGAUCGAAGCCUGCCCAGUAUGCGACGUUGCUCUUGGGAUCACUCCUGAAGAGAAACUCAGGGCUGAUAUAAGUAUUCAGGCUAUCAGAAAUUAUUUGUUUCCACCUAAGGCAGAUGUAGAUGCUUUUGAGGCUCCAACUAUUACAUUGCCAGCGAAGAGAAAAGAGAGGUCCAUUUCUUCCUUGGUUGAAACCCCAAAGAUGUCAACACAGUCUACUCUGACAGGACGGAGAACCAAAGCUGCAAGAAGGACUAUCACAUCCCAGACGUUUUCUCUCGGUAAAUUGCCAAAUAAAUCUGAAGACCGCUAUCAGAUGGCUGAGAAGGCCUCGGCACUAAAAUCUACCAAGAUGACAACAUCUGCAAAUAAAAAACAGAACAGUGUAGAUAUUUCUGAAGAUGGAAAGAAUCAUGGGACGAUUGACAAGGAAGAGCUUGAGAAGCCCUUACGGAGUUUAGUCGUGGCAAGCGCGAAGAAAUCGCAGAAUCCAAGUCCUUGUCUCAAGGAAAGUCACAAAAAUAAAACAACCACAGAGCAUACUCCGAGGGAAAGCCCAGAAGCAGACUCGCAUGAUGGAAUAACUACCCAAGUCUGGUUUUCACUAGUCACUUCACCGAACCAGAUAGAAGCUAAACUGUUGCCUCAGCUAGAAAAGAAUUUCUACAGAAUUAAAGAUGGAACUAUGCGGGUAUCCUCCAUCCUGAGGCUGAUUAUGAAAAAACUUGAGCUAGCAAGUGACGAUAAGGUGGAGAUCUUAUGCCAUGAUGAGUCGGUGUGCCCCUCGACAACGCUGCACGGCCUACUCGAGCGGUGGCUGAGCUGCAAGCCGAAGGAAGAGGUCCUGAGGCCGGUGGGUGCUCCGGCGAAUGAGUUUGUGAUGGAGCUGCGCUAUCGCCGGUGCCCAGGGUCCAGGCCCCUUUGCUGCACGAUGAAGAUAGCGUCCCUCCCCUGCCAUUGCAGCACCUAGCUCCUCCGUCUCCGUCAUCCGCUCAUGCUCGUCGUUCAAUGGUCCAUCAGUCUGCCUACCUAGGAUAUAUUAUACAUAUAGUAUUCUCACUCUAUACCUGCAUAUCUUUCUCAAUUUUGUUGGACCGUGUAAAGAGAGAAGGGGCGAAAGGAAGAGGUUAGCAUACCCGUAGAUUUGCUAGACAAAGAAUCCGAAAAGUUUAUGCAGGCUACAUUUUUGGUUUACAGUUAUGAAUUCCUCAGUUGUUCCUC